GGCACCCGCGUCUCACGCGGUACGAGUUCCCAUUGGUGCCCGGCGACCGCUCGAUCCGAUCGAUCCACGAUCUUCCUCCGUCCUCGAGACGAUAACCGGGAUAUACCCGUAUAGCUGGUCGCGUCGCGCCGCGCCGCGGGCUCUGGCCAGUGAUUAGGAUCGAAUGGAACAGUAGUGAAGCCGCCGAAUCGGUUUCGCGCGGCAACGUUUCCACCGAAGACGACCGCUGCGGCGGAUCGCCGUCCGUGAGCGGAGCGGGUGGGGGGAGGAUCCUCGGGCCACGGCGCCGCGAGUAUUUCGAAAGUUCGAAUUUUUUUCAUAUCGCGUAAACGGCGACCUCGUCGUAUUCAUUCGUCGCGACCGCGUCCCCCCUCCUCGCGGCAUCGUGACGCAGCCCUCUCUCUUUUCCACGCGCCUCGCAUUCCGUGGCCGUUUCCACUUCUUUUUCGACUAGUCGCCGGUUCGGCGCGCGUCCCCACCGACAGUUUCGCAGGGGCUGUAUCGGCCAAAGUGUCGUUCCCGAGCCGAGGAUCACGUUCGACGUUGGCCCGGACCCUCCGAACGUGUCCAAUACCAAAUAUCAGCGUCCGUGGACGCGCAACCCUUCGGUUCCUGCGGGCUCGGUGCCGGUUGGAGAUUUCACCCCCCUCGCGGUGAUUCCAGGAUCGUGUACGGCAACGAUGAUGCUUGUAUAACGGUGAAUCGUUGAAAUAGCAACUGUUUUAGACAGUUCGGUACUUGAUUUGUGAAACAUAGUCGAGGGAAGAGUGCACGAAACUGUGUCGCGCCAAGUGGGGGAGCAAAUCCGUGGUGUCCCGUGAACUGUCACGUCGAAUCGAGGAUCCUCCGACGAUGGAACGGUCUUUGUAGAAAAGCCAAGACCCGCUCUGCUCCCUUCUUGAGUCCCGUCUAGCCAUUGGGCUGUCCACGGUGGUCGAAUACCGUCGAGGAUGACAACCGCGUGAAACAGUGUUGCGGCAAGCGUUGGAGACGGUUCAGCUGGUGGGAUUCGCGGCUGCCGGGACACAUUGUUGAAGAUGACAAACGCAUAAAUUCCGGCCGGUGCCAAGAAGAACAGCAACUGGCACCUGGUGGCCGCUAUAACCGGAGGAUCCGCGAUCGCACGUUCGCAUGAAAUUCGGUUGUUCGCGCGCGGCGGCGGUGGUGGCGGUGGCGGCGGGAGGAGGGCGAGCGAAGGGGGUCGUUCUCCAGUGCAGCGAUCGUGGCGGCCACGGCCCUAUAUAGUCCGCGGCCGAGCGUGCUCUUUUUUUAUCUGCGUGUAACGCGUGCCGGCCGGAGAGAACUGUGCGUAACGCAGCCGUCAACAGAGUUCUCGGGAUCAUGGGCGUUCUUUUGGUCGCGGAUGGCACAGUGGCGGUCCAACCUCGCAUGAGUCUGAACGCGGUCAAAGCUGCCGGAGCGCAGCAACCGAUCGACGAGACCAACAACAAUGUGAGCGGGAUACGGGACGCGAAUAGCCUGAUGCCGGCGCAGGUCGUCGGUAUUAUCGGCGUGGUCGUCAACGACGAGCCGCGUCGCAGCUGGAUGCCGCCCCCGCCCAAGAAAAAAUGGAUACGCCACUACCUACUCGAGGAGGAGCCGCUGGAGAACAGUAGAACGAACGGGAAUCACUCGGCAGGAUCCAGAGGGAGCCCCGUGAUUUCGAGCACACGAAUAACCCCGCUCCACACCGCGUCCCACGUUCACCUGACCCAUCAGCAACAGCAACCGCAACCGCAACAACCGCCGGUGCAACAGCAACCCCCACCCCAGCCGCAGCAGCAGCAACAGCAGCAGCCGCAACAACAACAGCAGCAACAGCAACCGCAUCACCCCCAACACCACCACCACCAUCACCAUCACAACAAUCACAACAGCACGCAUAACGUCUACGUGGAGAACCACAAUUCGAAUCACUCGCAGCAGAACGCCGGCAAUCUCGUCGUUGACCUUGAACCGAACCAUGACAAUAAGAAGCAUCGGAACGGGCCCUGCGUGAUCCGAUCGGGCACCAGGGAAGUGCACAACAAACUCGAGAAGAAUCGAAGGGCGCACCUGAAGGAGUGCUUCGAGUUACUGAAAAGGCAGCUACCUCAGCAGGACGAGAAGAAGUCUUCGAACCUUUCCAUUCUUCACGCGGCGAUCAGGCAUAUACAGACGUUGAGGAGGAAGGAACGGGACUGCGAGCACGAGAUGGAGAGGCUCGCCAGAGAGAAAAUCGCUGCCCAGCAGAAGUUACUAGCUUUAAAGAAGGAGCUCUCCGCCACGUGGGAUCAUAUUGAUUUUAAUACUCUUUUGCCGGAACAGAGUUCGGCUACCGACGUCACCGCCACCAAAAGUGAAAACAUGGAGGUGGACGUGACGGGGUUGGCCCGCGGAGGCACGAGGUACAGCAGCACCAGCAGCCUGAGCAGCGCGGCCACGGCCAGCUCACCGCAGACGCUGCAGACCUCCAGCACCACUCCCAAUAUUCACAAUCAAGUCGCAACCGCGGCCGUUGUCUGUCAGACCCAGGGUCUCAACCUUGCGCAAAGUUCUAGGGAAAGUCCGCCGGCAAGUUCAAGUCCCAGAACGCCAACGCCUAGCAUUCCUACCCCGGCACAGGAGAAAGUGACUACAUCGCCGACCGGUAUAGUGCAGCAACAGCAACAGCAACAGCAACAGCAGCCUCACCAGCUCCACCUACCGAUCAGCGCGCAGAUGUUGAACACGAACCAGGGCCUGGCGACGAUCGUGCCGACCCUGCAGCACAUCGGGCCGAGCCUGAGGGUGAUACCGGGCGACACCAGGCAGCUGCUGGUGGCCCACACCCCGGGCAACAACGAGUCGAGACCGUUGACGCUGGCCGUGCAGAACUCCUCGGAUCAAUCGAGGCCGCUGAUCGCGGUGCAAUCGAACACUGGAAACGAGCCAAGGCCUGUGGCGCUGGUCGUUCACUCGUCCACGGCCAACGACAACCGAGUGACGUUCGUGCACUCGAAUCUGUCCAACAACGAUAGGCCGUUGGCCUUAGCCGUGCAGUCCUCCGCCAGCGAUGUCAGGCCGGUCACAUUCGUGCACUCGACGAACGAGGGAAGACCGAUAGUCCUCGCUGCGCAUUCACCCGCGCUGAACGUGACGAAUACCCAGACGAGGAUAAGAGCAGGAGAUUCUCAGAACACGCAUAAAAUGGUGGGCGGCGUGACGCUGGUCGGUGGGAACGGGUCGGAGCUGACCCGGCUACCGGGAGGCGCCGAGUUGAACAUACUACCAGCGAACGGGUUGACGCUGAGCCACGCGGGCGUGUCGCUACAGACGGCUGCGGGGAAGCCGGGGUCGACCACGGUGAUGCAGAACGCUCCGUCCACAGAGGGUAUCGCCCACAUCGUCGGCUCGCACGCGCCGCUGUCCGGCCUGACGCCGAUCGUCACCCCGAUGACCGUGGUCUCGCAAGGUAGCCAGAUGACGGCGCACAUUAUAGCGCCGUCGAGCCUGGCCGGCAAGAUGAUCACCACGCCGAUCCUGAAGUCGGUCGCGCAGAUGCCGAUCGUGAACGCCCAGUACAUCAACACCACCACCCUGGUGAAGCCGGUGGUGGUGGUCAGUUCGCCGUCGACCUCCAGCCCGCAGUCGACCACGUCGUCCAGCACGCAGCCGUCGUCAACCACGCACUCGACCGUCUGACAGAAUCAAAGGAAGCUGAAAUUCCUUUGAGAAAAGAUCCGACGUCUAUCGAACGUCAAUGACGAGCCUCGUGACCGACCGCCGCGUGAGGGAACCACGUGAUAAAGCGAGACGGAUGGGUCGCGGUUAUGCGAUCUGGAUCGCGGACCGGUUGUCUACUCUUGACACGGGAGGAAAACUUUUCUAUUUCCGGCUCGUGAUCGUAACGUGUUUGAAAUUCGAGCUCUUCCAAAGAGUGAGCUAGAGAGAGAGAGAGAGAGAGAGAGAGAGAGAGAGAGAGAGAGAGAGAGAGAGAGAGAGAGAGAGA